CUCUUGAUUGUAUGUAUAUAAAUACAUGCAUACUAAUACACUACCUUAUUCAUUCAAAUUCCAGGGAAGAAGAUAGCCAAUAACUCAUUUUCAAAGCAAAAACCAUUCUAUAAUCGAAUCGAAAUGGAAACUGAAAAAGAGACCUCAAACUCAUUCUGCAAACACGUUCCCAAUCUCCUAUCUUCGUUCGUCGAUACCUUCGUUGACUUCUCAGUCAGCGGCCUCUUCCUCCCUUCGCCGCCGACAUCUCCGCCUCCCCCGCUUCCCACUCGCCUUCCCUCUCCGCAACGCCUGAUCGCCGUAGGUGAUCUCCACGGCGACCUUGAGAAGUCAAAGCAAGCGCUACGCCUCGCCGGCGUCAUCGACUCUUCCGACCGCUAUACCGGAGGCUCCGCCACCGUAGUCCAAGUCGGCGACGUCCUUGACCGCGGCGGCGAUGAGCUCAAAAUCCUCUACCUCCUCGAAAAGCUGAAACGCGAAGCCGCGCGAUGCGGCGGAAGCAUUAUCACAAUGAAUGGAAACCACGAGAUCAUGAACGUUGAAGGCGAUUUUCGUUACGCAACGAAAACCGGCGUUGAAGAAUUUAGGGUUUGGUUGAAAUGGUUCCGCGAAGGUAACAAAAUGAAGAGUCUCUGUCAAGGUUUGGAACGGCCGAAAGAUCCGUUAGAUGGUAUCCACGUGACGUUUCGUGGCGCAAGGAAAGAGUUUCACGAUGGGUUUCGUGCUAGGGUUGCAGCUUUAAGACCCAAUGGCCCAAUUUCUAGAAGGUUCUUUACCCAAAACGUUACCGUUUUAGUGGUUGGCGAUUCGAUUUUCGUUCACGGUGGUUUGUUGCCAGAUCACGUUUCUUAUGGUUUGGAGAAGAUAAAUGCUGAAGUUAGUGAUUGGGUUAAUGGUUCCGCCGGUAGGAUUUCGCCGCCUUAUUGCCGUGGGAGGAAUGCAGUUGUUUGGCUUAGGAAAUUCUCCGAUGAGGUUGCGGUGAAUUGUGAUUGUUCAACUCUUGAGCAUGUUCUGUCAACGAUUCCUGGUGUUAAGAGAAUGAUAAUGGGGCAUACUAUUCAGAGUGAUGGAAUUAAUGCUGUUUGUGAUAACAAGGCAAUUCGAAUUGAUGUUGGUAUGUCGAACGGAUGUGGUGGUGGUUUGCCUGAGGUUUUGGAGAUUAAUGGGACUUCAGGGGUUCGGAUAUUGACAUCAAAUCCUUUAUAUCAGAAUAAGGAAAAUGCUUCUGGAUUUGAUGUUGGGAAGGAGGAAGGGUCUGGAUUGUUGCUAACUGAACAUGGUGGACCUAGGCAAGUGGAAGUUAAAGCUUAAAAGCUUUUAACUAAUGUGCUAGUUGAAUCAUUGUUUAGAUUAAGGCAAAUGUUGCAAUAAAGGUUUCUCAUUCUUGUGCAUUGGAGAUGGAGGUAUCUCUUUCCUUUGCCUUAUUGUUUAGUGAUUAGGAUUUGGAACUUUUUAGGGGAUGUUGAUUUCUCAAUAAACUUAAGUGGAUUGCUAACAUCAUCAUUGAUCUUGUUACAUGAUAGAUUCCCGGUAGACUUAUUUGACAGUGUAAUUGAACAUGGACACAUACUUGUUUAACAAAGAUUGACAUUUUAACACUGCAGAGUGCAGAACUUACAAUUGAA